AUAGAAAAGCAGUCAAUAAAAGUGGAAAAAAGCACCAUUCUUUCCUCCAAGCAGAAGCUUAAAGGUUUCUGUCUCUCUUCUUUUGUCUCUUCAAUCUCUGAAUCAAAACCAAUGAUUUGAAAAAGAAAAAGAAAAAUUGAUGGAAACCCAUCAACAAAUUACCUCAAAAACCCAGAAAUUCAUCACAUCUAAAUACAGAGAGUGUUGAAUUUGAAAAAAAAAUCAUACAUUCUUGAUUUUACUGAAUAAAGAAUUGAUCUUUUUGUGUCAAGAAUGGAGUUGGAUAGCAUUGAAUGUGUAUCAUCUUCAGAUGGUAUGAUAGAUGAUGAUGAGAUCCCUUUACAUCACCCACAUAUUAUUCAUUCUCAAUAUUCAUCUUCAAAGACACCCAACAACAACAACAACAACAACAAUAUUAACAAUAGCAGCAGCAAUAAUGAUGGGAUUGCUGCAAUUCAUUCUACAACAAGUGUUCAUGAGCUUCUUGAAUGCCCUGUUUGUACAAAUUCUAUGUAUCCUCCAAUCCAUCAAUGUCACAAUGGACACACAAUCUGUUCGACAUGUAAAGCGAGGGCUCACAACCGAUGUCCCACUUGUAGGCAGGAGCUUGGAGAUAUCAGAUGUUUAGCUCUGGAAAAGGUGGCUGAAUCGCUUGAGCUCCCUUGCAAAUAUGGCUCUGUUGGCUGUCCUGAGAUAUUUCCUUAUUACAGUAAGCUAAAACAUGAGUCAGUUUGCAACUUUAGACCAUACAGCUGCCCGUAUGCUGGGUCUGAGUGCUCAGUUGUUGGUGAUAUUCCUUACUUGGUUUCUCAUUUGAGGGAUGAUCACAAGGUAGACAUGCACUCAGGAUGCACUUUCAACCAUCGGUAUGUCAAAUCUAAUCCUCGAGAAGUAGAAAAUGCGACGUGGAUGUUGACAGUUUUCAAUUGUUUUGGUCAGUGCUUCUGUCUCCAUUUUGAAGCCUUUCAGCUGGGAACUGCUCCUGUAUACAUGGCGUUUCUUCGGUUUAUGGGAGAUGAGAUGGAGGCUCGAAACUAUAGCUACAGCCUGGAAGUUGGGGGAAAUGGAAGAAAACUUACCUGGGAGGGUACACCCCGAAGCAUAAGAGACAGUCACAGGAAAGUAAGGGAUAGUCAUGAUGGGCUCGUCAUACAACGUAACAUGGCCCUUUUCUUUUCUGGAGGGGAGAGAAAGGAGCUUAAGUUACGAGUAACUGGAAGGAUAUGGAAGGAACAGCAGAAUCCUGACGGAGGAGCAUGUAUGCCCAACCUCUGUACUUAAUGCUGGUUUUGAACUCAACACCUACUGUUCUUGCUGUCCCAUGUACUGAUUUUUCAAAACAUAAACAGAUUCAGACAUUGAAGAUUGUUCGAAAACUGUGUGGAAAGUUUUGUUCAUAUGUAUGAACUGACCAGUGUAUUUUUGUUAUUAACGCUUGGAAGAGCUUGUACCAUAAACAUUUUAACUUACUUCUCCUAACAACACCUACUUGUGUGCCUGCAUUGUUGCAAA